GCGGCUGCUUUGGGGCUGCUGCUCCCUGCCCGGCCCCGGCCAUGGGGCGAGGGGCGGCAGCUGGGGCCCUGCUGGCGGCACUGGUGGUGCUGGGAGCCCCCCCGGCUGCGGGCGCGGAGCUCUCGGGGGUGUUCCAAAGGAUGACAAAGUCCGAGUGUUACUUCAUUAACGGCACGGAGAAUGUGAGGUACGUCCAGAGAUCCAUCUACAACCGGGAUCAGUUCAUAAUGUUCGACAGAGACGUGGGGCACUUUGUGGUGUUCACCCGCUAUGGGGAGAAGUUGGCCAAGCGCUGGAACAGCAACGCGGUAUUCAUGGAGGACAGACGGACUGCGGUGGACUGGUUCUGCCGGUGCUGGUACAAGAAUUUUACCCCGUUCAUCACGGAGCGCCGAGGUGAGCACGAGGGAGAGCAUGUCCCCUCGGGGCCUGCCCUGCCAGUGACCCUGGAGCCCCUCAAAAUCUCCAUGGGCAUCGGCCCAGAGCCCUCAGCCCUCCUUGUGGCGAUCCCCGGGGUCUCCAGAUCCUCCCAGUCCCUCCCAGUGCCCCCUCGCGCGUCCAUUUCAGCGACCCAUAAGAAACUAACAUAG